CCAGCCACCGCUGAGAGGGGAACCUGAAUAUGCUGUGUACAGCGACGACGAAGAAAUUGGAGCCGUUCCAGUUCUCCCUUUGUACAUCACAACCAGUAUCUGUGAAGAGGAAGAAGAAGAAGCAGAGAAAGCAGUAAGAAAGAGUCGAAAGAGCCUCGUUGCAGUAUUAUACCCAUUGGUUAAUAUUACUAUGUAUAUAGUUAGUCUGCAGUAGUAGUUAGUAGUCUGGCGUGUUGCUGAUCACACACGGUAAUACAGAUCGUGUAACCGACCCAGCACCGUAAGCACUGCCAAAAGGUUUCACGGUUCGUGGGGAUUCUGGACAUCGAUACUGCCCGGCCAACAUGAAGAAAAGCAGUAGCAGCCUCAGCGAUGAAUAUGACGACGAGGACUCUGAGGAAUUCUUUAAACGUCCUGUGAUUCCAAGCCGAACGCCAUACAGGCAGCAGCUUUCAUUCUCAUGGGCGUCGUGGCCCUUCUUGGACUUGUGCUGCUAUUUCACCCAGGCGGUUCCGGACAUAGGAUAGCCAUAGUACAAAAGGACGAAGAGCGUGACGCAGUGGAGUUGAACACAACUUCGACAACUAGGUCGUCAUCAGCAGAAACGGACACUCUUCUAGUACUACCAAAUACGAAUGAUAACGACCGGGGUAGAAGCAUAACUCGGAAAGAAGAAGCUACACUUGUUCUCGGCAGAGGUUCUGGGACUUCGCUCCCGGACAUUACGUCAUUCACCGAAGAAUCAAUAAAUACUUCAGCAACACGAAUAAUUACGGCUUCGACUAGUACGACCAGAGAAGAUGAAACAAGAAGAACGACUGAAACUAAAAGAGCGACUAGCCGUUCCGGAGCACUCCUCACGGACACAAAAAGCGUGCCCACAAUAAUAGUGAGGAGUAUAUCAUCAACAACACUAUUUCCAACGACGGGUUUAGCAACAUCCACUCGAGCAACAACAGCGAGCAGGGGACCAAUAACGAAUCUAGCUUCAACUAGUACAUCAAGAGUUCCGAAUACCUCUACUCCUAGGAUUGCUGUACCGUCAAUCCAGAUACGGAGGAAGCCAUACCCACCAUUGGCCUGCGUGACAGGACAAGGAAAAAUGAGGGCUGCCCUGCCGGAUGAUGGCGUCUGCGACUACACAAUAUUCGCUCAUGCGCGCUUUGUUGGCAAAUCUCUCAAUCCCGUCACAAGCAGAAAAUCGUUCGUCGAGUUCCUUCGUGAGGCAAAGAAAGCCAAGCGGAGCAAGUUCUUAAUAUCUUUCAAAUACGAAGACCUACAUCGCACUAUCGAUUUCAUGACGGGCAGCACGGCGGCAGCAGCUGUGGUUAAAUACGCCAAGGAGGGAAUCGGAGGCUAUGGAUACUCGUACAUUGAAAUGGACCUGCACGCGUUCACUAAAGCGGCGUAUAUGUUACGCGAUUGUUUUAGGGAAAUCAAGGAAAAGUUUCUUCAUGAAGGGGUGCAUCCUGUCACGUUCAUAGGGGUAGCUAUCAGAACAUACAAGAACGAAACCAGACAAGAUGUUCUUCGUCUUUCAUAUGACAUAUUGAAGUACUUGGACCUUUACAUAAUGGUGUCGCACACGCCGGCGACAACAAGCGGACAGUGCUUUGUGGAGCCUAUCAGUGCAUGGAACUCAUCCGCGCUGAAUGAUCAAUCGCUCCAGUCGAUGCAAGAUGCGGCAGAUGUGAUCAAACAAGGACAAGGGGCCGACGUCACCUUUUUCCUGUCCAUGUCCCUUGGAGCGCUGCAGUUCAGGGUUCCCACGGACAACAGCAACGACACCGCAAGUUUGAAAGGUGUCGAAUGUUCCUCGAGCAGAAUGGUGCCCUAUUAUAAGGUUUGCUCUAAACCUACGCAUCAGGUUGAAGGUGACGUCAUGCUUUAUCACAUGGAAAGAGAACACGGAAUUUGGCGUACGUACGAGACAGAAAACACCAUACUAGAGAAGAUGACGCUUGCAGUUCAGCGAAUUGGCUUCGCUGAGAAGCAUCGACUCGGUUGGAUUGCCUACGACGUAAACUUGGAAGACUUCCAUGGGAACUGCACAAGCCUUCAAGCAGGAGGCCAAACACAGGCUUGGAGACGUCUUCUGUUCAUCAAGGAUUUGCUAAAGAAAAGUCCAUAAUAAUCGACACCGCACGCCUUUCAGAUAUGCAUUUGUUUAACUUAGUUUGAAUAAAAACAAUGAUAAUUAAU